UUGAUGCCGGUGCACUCAAACUCUCUUAACAUCUCCUCCUUUUUCCCCUAUAAAUUAAACCCUCUCCUUUUAGCAAUCUAAACCAAACCCCACACACACAACACUCACUCUCAAUUUCUCAUACCCCUCUUUCAUAUCCCUCAAAACACAAAGCACAAGUAGCUAAAAACCAAACACAAAACAACAAAACACAACUUUGAGGAAAGCCAUGGAGAAUGACACAAUUAGAAACAUUCCAAUUUCCUCUCCCUCUAAAUUUUCUCACUCUUCUAGUUCUUCACUUCCACCUCUUGCAACUCAAACUGUGAUGAGUCCUUGUGCUGCUUGCAAGAUUUUGAGAAGAAGAUGUGCUGAGAAAUGUGUGUUGGCACCUUAUUUUCCUCCCACAGAACCUGCCAAAUUUACCACUGCUCAUCGUGUGUUUGGUGCCAGCAACAUCAUCAAGUUCUUGCAGGAACUUCCGGAAUCUCAACGAGCUGAUGCAGUGAGCAGCAUGGUUUAUGAGGCUAGUGCAAGAAUAAGAGAUCCUGUGUAUGGAUGUGCAGGCGCAAUUUGUCACCUCCAAAAUCAAGUGAAUGAGCUUCAAGCACAAUUAGCUAAGUCACAAGUUGAACUUAUGAACAUGCAAUUGCAACAAUCCAAUCUAUUGGCUAUGAUUUGCAUGGAAAUGAAAGAAACUCCACAACAAUCAAUGGACAAUUUCAUUUCAAGUCCUACUUAUAGUAGUGAUUAUCAAAACAAUCUCAACUUCUUUGAGGACAACACUAGCCCAAAUUUGUGGGAGCCUCUUUGGACAUGAUGAAGAAUGAAAACUAUAUCGAUACUAAUUUAUCUCAUAUAUUAUAAGGCAUUUCAAAAUUGUUUUGAUCACAUUUAUUAUAAGAGAAGUCGAAGGAAUUGUCUAUGAGAUAUGAGUUUAGUCGUAAGAGUCUGGUCUUGUAAUUUCCAAGGAAUAGAAUUAAAAACUUAUUCAGAAUGUAAAAUACUUAUCAGGGUACUUUAAUUAAUAAAUAAAUGUUCUAUUCUCCA